GCUCCGCGCGCCGAGCCCGCAGCAUGUUCCCGCAGGGCCGGCACCCGGCUCCCGGGCAGCCCUUCAAGUUCUCGGUGCUGGAGAUCUGCGACCGCAUCAAGGAGGAAUUCCAGUUCCUGCAGGCGCAGUACCACAGCCUGAAGCUGGAGUGCGAGAAGCUGGUGAGCGAGAAGACGGAGAUGCAGAGACACUAUGUCAUGUAUUAUGAAAUGUCCUAUGGGCUGAAUAUUGAAAUGCACAAGCAGGCGGAGAUCGUCAAGAGGCUGAGCGCCAUCUGCGCCCAGAUCGUCCCCUUCCUCACGCAGGAGCACCAGCAGCAGGUCCUGCAGGCGGUGGAGCGGGCCAAGCAGGUCACCAUGGCAGAGCUCAACAGCAUCGUGGGGAGCAUUUCUGCCUCCCCUCCGGAGAGCCUGCCGGACGCCGAGCGGACGGGCAGCGCGGGGCUGAAGCGCAAGCGGGACGAGAAGGACUUGCCUGGGCCUGAGGACAGUGAUGGGGACAAGAGCGACUACAACCUGGUGGUGGACGAGGACCCCCCGUCGGAGCCGGGCAGUCCCGGGCGGGCGCCCGCCGCGCGCCGCGAUGGCACCGGCAGCCCGGCCUCCAGCCGCAGCUCCCCGCCGCCCCGGGGCAGGGAGCACAGCCCGAUCUUCUCCCUGGGCUACUGCCCCACGGGCGAGUGGCUGGCGGUGGGCAUGGAGAGCAGCAACGUGGAGAUCCUGCACGUGAGCAAGCCCGACAAGUACCAGCUGCACCUGCACGAGAGCUGCGUGCUGUCCCUCAAGUUCGCCUCGUGCGGCAAGUGGUUUGUGAGCACGGGCAAGGACAACCUGCUCAACGCCUGGCGCACGCCCUACGGCGCCAGCAUCUUCCAGUCCAAAGAGUCCUCCUCAGUGCUGAGCUGCGACAUCUCUGUGAACGAGCAGUUCAUCGUCACGGGCUCCGGCGACAAGAAGGCCACGGUGUACGAGGUGGUGUAGCGAGGAGCCGGCGCUGCCGCGGGAGCCGCUUCCCCCUCCUCGUUCAUCUCCCU